CAACAACAUCCUACUCUGGUUUUGAAGAUGAAAGAGUUUUAUUCUUCUAAAGCAGUAUCACUCAAGCGGAUGAGACUGGAUAAAUCGGGAAGUUAUCACCCAGCAUCUCAAAGCUUCAUUUGGCAUAGCUUUUAUGAUAGCAAAGCAAAAGAAAGCUCAUACUAUAAUUUUAGGAGAAGAUGCAGAGCAAAAAAUGAACUCUAUUUCUCUUUAGAAUAACACAGUCAAGCGUAGAAUCGAUAACAUUGCAGCAGACAUAAAGCUACAAAUAAUUAACAAAGUAAAAUUAUCGCCAUUAGUUGCGAUGAAUCCACCGACAUCGUUAAUUGCGCAC